GCGGGUUUGUACUCGGCCGUCCUAUCAGCUUUCCUCGUUGUAUCGUACACGUACCUCCUGCCCGAUUCGAGCACCCAGAUGAUCUUUCUGCUCGAACGUAUCGCUGUGCAGACGCAAAGCUACACCAUUACGUCUGGAACCCUCAACUCCACCGCUCAACCGCCCCCCUCCCCUCCCCAGUUCAUGGCUCCACUAUGGGCCGUUCGUCUGAACGGUCUCUGGUUUGCGAGCCUUAUCAUCAGUCUUGCAACCGCGUCGUUCAGCAUGCUUGUUAAACAAUGGCUUCGAGAGUACCUUGCCGUUGAAUACACUGCGCCGCAGGAGCGUCUUCGUGCACACCAAUACCGGAAGCCAGCCCUCGAGAAGUGGAAGGUCUUCGAAGUUGCUGGCAUACUCCCCAUGCUUCUUCAGCUGUCACUUGGCUUGUUCUUUAUUGGUCUU